AUGAAUAAUGUGGAUGCUGCCAACUAUUCCACGAAACUUCUCGCUCAAACAACUCUGAGAAACGCUUUGGGUAUGAAAACCCUCACAGAAAUGCUCACAGAGCGUGAGGCGAUGGCGCAACUCUGCGAGAUGAUUCUCGACGAGGGAACGGAGCAUUGGGGAGUUAAGAAAAGGGAACGAGUCGAGGAUUUGUUUUAUUUCGAAGGAUCAAAGGUUGGCCGUGGCACGUAUGGACUCGUUUUUAAAGCGAUCCCAAAAACGCAAAAUGAACGAUAUCCGAUGAAAGAAUACGCGCUGAAAUUGAUUGAAGGGAAUGGCUUCUCGACGAGUGCUUGCAGAGAAAUCGCAUUGUUGAGAGAGCUCAAACAUCCAAAUCUUAUCCGAUUGCAACGGGUUUUUCUGACAAACGAGAAGAAAGUGUGGCUACUCCUUGACUACGCAGAGCACGAUUUAUGGCAUAUCAUCAAAUAUCACCGGAGUGCUAAGACCAAGAAGCAACCAGUCCUUGUGCCACGAGGAAUGAUCAAAUCCGUGUUGUAUCAAAUUUUGGAGGGAAUUCACUACUUGCAUCAGAAUUGGAUAUUGCACAGAGAUCUUAAACCGGCAAAUAUUCUUGUGAUGGGCGAAGGACCGGGUGUACAAAGGGGAAGGGUCAAAAUCGCCGAUAUGGGUUUCGCGAGAGUUUUCCACAACCCAUUGAAACCGCUAGCCGAGCUGGACCCGGUUGUCGUGACAUUUUGGUAUCGAGCUCCCGAGCUACUACUUGGCGCUAAGCAUUACACAAAAGCUAUUGAUGUCUGGGCGAUUGGAUGCAUCUUUGCCGAGUUGCUCACUGCUGAACCCGUUUUCUAUUGUAAUAAGGAAGACAUUAAAGCCCAAAGCCCGUAUCAUCAAGACCAACUGAAAAGAAUAUUCAACGUGAUGGGCUUUCCCACUGAAAGCGAUUGGCCGGAUUUGAAGAAAAUGCCCGAAUGGAAACGACUUGAUCAGGAUUUUCAGAAUAAAAAGAUGUUUGCCAAUUGUGCCCUCCAUGUAUAUUUCCAAGACAAGCACAUUCAAUCCGAUCGCCGAUAUUUCAAGUUGUUAACGAAAUUGUUGCGAAUGGACCCGGAGAGGAGAAUCACUUGUAAAGAAGCGAUGGAGGAUCCGUAUUUCAAGGAAGAUCCGAAACCCACUGAAGACGUUUUCAAAGGCAUGGAGAUUCCCUAUCCAAAGCGAGAGGUGAUGAAAUGUGAUGAGGACAAGAAAACGAAUCAAACGCAGCCACAAGGGAUCUCAGACAAUGUCAGCAAUCUCGAGGGAUCCGAAGCGCCCAAUCCCAAGAAAAUGCGAAUGACUAAUCAGGGACCACAAAACAAUCAGCCGAUGCCCAGUGGAAGCGACAAUUCAAAUAUGAGCUCUUAUCCUCAACAAAAUAUUCAACAAUCUAUGCAAACUCAGAUGCAACCAAUGAUGCAACAAAUGCAAAACCCUGGCAUGAUGCAAAACCCAGUAAAGCCCCAAAAUCUGAUGGUGAAUCAGCCGAAAAUGGAGCCAGGCGUUGGGCCGAUGGGUGGAAUGCAAGGAGGACAACAAAUGGCCGGACAAAUGUAUGGAAAUCAACCACCGCCCCAGCAACAACAGUAUCAGCAAGGGUAUCAACAACAAAAUAAUUCGAUGAUGAACCAACCCGGGAACCCACAAAUGAUGAGACAGGAUAUGGGCUACAGUGGACAGCCACUCAUGAUGUCACAAGGCCAAAUGAUGAUGGGACAACAGGGACAACCGAUGAUGGGCCAAGGCCAAUACAUGAUACCAUCACAAGGACAACAAAGUGCACAACAACCACCACCCGGUCAAUGGCCAUCCGGAUAU